AUGGCCCAGACAAUUAAGAGUUUAAACGACGUCCCAAAGGUCAUUGAUGGAAGCUUGUGGGCAGGCACGUUUGUCGUUGAAAUCCAAGAUGAUGUACUCGCGGAUGAUUUUACAUUCGAGGCGUUAAUGAGAGCCCUACCGCUGGACUGGCAAGCCAAAAUCCUCAAUAAAAAAUCAUUUCAUGAUAGAUGUGCCAGCUUAUGCAACCAGUUACUGCAAUUAUUUGGCUGUUCUAUAAUGACUGGUUCAGAUUUUCGAGAGCUAAAAUUUGACAGGGGCAGCUUUGGUAAGCCGUUCCUGGACAAUGAUAAUUCUCUUCCAUUUAGCAUGUCAACAGGUGAACAGUGUGUAGCUAUGUCUCUGGUGAAAUGCGUGAGCCCGGAUGAAUGUCAGAAGAUCGGUAUAGACAUUGCGUCUACGUCUAAUUAUGGUGGGAAGGAAGAGUUGGAGCUAUUUAGAGAAAUUUUUAGUGAGGAGGAAUUCAGGGCCUUACUAAGAGCAUCUAACCCACGUGUGGUAUUUACCUACUUAUGGUCUUUGAAAGAAUCGUAUACAAAAUUUACUGGAACUGGUCUUAAUACAAACUUGGCCGAAAUAGAUUUUGGCUCGAUCAACUUCUUUCCAGCUAAUGGUACUUCCUUGAAUAUUACUUUAGAGAAACUCCCACUGGUUUUCCAUUCGCAGUGGUUCAACAACGAAAUCAUAACUACCUGUAUACCGAGAUCAAUCAGCAAUAAUAUCAACAUGGAUACAUCAGAAUUAUAUAAUAUCUCUUUAUCUACAUUAAUUGAGUUUUUCAUCAAAAAUUAA